AUGGACUCGGCCAAUUUGCGUCGCAAAGACACCACUAAGGGUCCGCCAUUGCGGAUCCUCUCUCUCGAUGGAGGUGGUGUUCGCGGCUACUCCAUGCUCAUCAUACUACAGGAACUCAUGUACCGUACCUACGUCGAAUGUGAAGGCAAACCUCCCCGCCGCGACCAAAUUCCCAAGCCUUGCGAGCAUUUCGACUUAAUCGUGGGAACCGGCACCGGUGGUUUGAUUGCGCUCAUGCUCGGACGUCUCCGCCUCGACCUCGAGACCUGCAAAGAAGUCUACGUUCGCAUGACCCGCAAAGUGUUCGAAACAGACAAGACUAUUGCCGGUAUACCUUACCGAUCAACAUUAUUUAAGGCGUCCAAAUUGGAGGAAGCUAUCCGAGAAUGUGUACGGGAACACACCGUCUUUGAAACCGAAGGCAAUGACUUGCCCAACAAUUCCAAUCCUCGCGCAUCCAUCGCAAGUCUCCCAUACAGCCCGAACUCCGCACCCCAGCGCUCUCUGAGCCGGGGAAGCUUCAGCACAUCUGGAGCCUCAUAUUCCCAAGCACCAACUUCAAGAGGGUCAACCUUCCUCAACGGAAUGCGCUGGGGCAACCCGGAAGCCACACUCUACGAUAACCGGGAAAACCGGACUAAGACUGCCGUUACUGCGCUGUUCAAAGGCACCCAACGCAACGGACCAGUAGUGUUUUUACGCUCCUACGACUCUCGCCGAGAACCCCCACCGGAGUUUGACUGCACAAUCUGGCAAGCUGGCCGUGCUACUGCAGCCACCGGGCUUGCCUUUAAGCCUAUCCAGAUCGGUCAACACGUUUUCAUUGAUGAAGGACCCGGCACCUACAACCCGGCACCACAGGUACUCGAUGAAGCGAUUGUGAAUGAGUGGCCUGGCCGAGAGGUUGGGGUUUUUGUUAGCGUGGGGACAGGGCGUCGACCUUCAGGCACCAACAACCGGCAGCAUGAAUGGUGGGAAGGUUUCUUUGGCGACUCAUUGGGCACAUUCGCUGAGGCGCGACGCCGACUGAUGACGAAGAUUGAAGGCUGUGAAGACAUCCAUCAAGAAAUGCUACGGGACACCCUUGCCAAGCGUCAUGUCAGCAAGGACAACUACUACCGUCUCAACGUCGAGGUUGGUGUGGGCGAGUUUGGCAUGAACGAGUGGAACCGCCUUGCAGACAUCAGCACCAAUACACGACGAUACUUGGCCAAGCCAGAAGUCAAAAAAAUGAUUCUGGACGCCGGCGUCAAGUUUGCCAAGAUUGACCGCAUGAACAAGCGCUUGGCAAACCAUGCGGCGGCCGGUGGUGACCGCGAUGAUCUGUCAUUUGAUCUAGAACGAGAGGAAAUUUCUGUCUCGCAGCAUGCACCCACCUUCUCGGUGCCGCCACCUUCAAAUGCCUUUGCUGUGGAGCUACCCGCUGAGCCGGUCGAGAUGUAUCAGCCGCAUGGAUCACCACCUCUCCCUGCCACCGUGACGGUGACAGCACCUCCGGAAGACGACUCACUUCCAGCCCAUCCAGCUCCUCAUGAUAAUUAUCCCAUUUCUCCGAUACGCCACUCAAGCGCCGACCUCCCCUAUCCGAGCCAUAACAAUGAGUACAGUCGACCAUCGUCACAACCUUCUCCCCAUCAUAGCGGCGAACAAAUAUUCCAUGCCGGCAUGUCACCACCACCCGUUCCACCAAAGACACCCAUUCCGUACCCAUCUCAGGAUGAUUCGGGAGGAGUGGCGAUGCCAGCUCCGCUAUUCACACACAAUCAAGCUCCGAUGUCCGGCAUGGUGCGCCCGCCCUACCCAAUUGACGAAGCACCACCCGUUGUGAACCGGCAACGCAAGCCCAGUUAUCAUGUGCGGUGA